CGUGCGGCGGGAUGCCGGCUCGGCACGUCUCGCGCGUCCGGGCGUUGUAUCGGCGCAUCUUGCUGCUGCACCGGGUACUGCCCCCGGACCUCAAAGCUCUUGGUGACCAGUAUGUGAAGGACGAAUUUAGGAGACAUAAGGCCGUUGGUUCUGAUGAGGCCCAGCGUUUCUUGCAGGAAUGGGAGAUGUAUGCAGCAGUGCUUUGGCAACAAGCUAAUGAAAACAGUCAAAAUUCAGCUGGAAAAGCAUGUUUUGGAGCCACUCUCCCAGAAGAAAAACUUGAUGACUUUCGUGAUGAACAAAUUGGACAAUUGCAAGAACUUAUGCAAGAAGCUACUAAACCCAGUAGGCAGUUUAGUAUUACUGAGUCUACAAAACCAAAAUCUUAGUGCACACUGUACAUUUUUAAGGAUGUGAUAGAGCAUGCAUGAGUCUCCAACAUCACACAAUGUUUAAAGCUCAGAACCCCAUGUUUUAAUUAUCAUCCAUUUAAAAAUCUUAUUUCUCCAGAUUUAAAGGUUUGAAAAUGCCUGGUUUAGGCUUGGGAUGCUUUCUGCAAUAAUAUGGUUUCAGGAUCACUGGUAAAAUAAGUCUUUGAAUUUUGGACUAACGAAUGACUCUCAGAAGGACUCACUUCUGGAAUUGUGCUGAAUUGUUUUCUGUAUAAAAUUGCUUUUAAUGCUAAUGUUCAAGUCUCUUGGCUUUAAAUCCAUUAAGAUAAAUACAUUUUAUUCUGAAAGUUUAAUUCUGAGUCAUUGUUUACAGUGAAAGGUUAAAAAUUAAAUUUAAAAUUUAUGAUUCUAUAAAAAUGAUAGUAUAACACUACUGCAGAAUACAUUUCAUAAAUAAUCUGAGUUUUCUUAAAUCUCGUUACCUAAUGGUUUGGGAGAUAAGACAAAAUACUUUUGUAUAUAAGCAUUACAACUCUUAAAUUCUAGACUAAGAUGGCAACAGAGGAGUUACUGGCUAGGCUGUGGAGAACAAAAACUUUAUAGAGUUACACUUCUUUUCACUACUUCUGCAUCAGAACUACUGUUGAGGCAGAAGAGCUGCUGAAUUUCAAAUCUGCACUUCGAGAAAAGAGGUAUAGCUUCAGUGCCACAAAUCAAA